UAAGUUUAGUCUCGCAUCUAUAAGAAACCGGUCGUAUAUAAUAGUGCAAAAUACCAGUAUAAGGAAAAUGGACAUAAAAAUUGAGUGUUUGUUCUUAUAACUACGUAUAUUUGUGUUGUUUUGUGAAUAAUUUACUGGUACAUAUAUUGUGUUUAACGUAGCUCCGUCUGCACACUCUGUAUUAAGUGGUAGUAGUGGUACGAGUAUCUACAUACAAAUAAUACAAGCAGUGGCGCGCACAAGGUGUUUAACUAAGCAAGAGCCAUGAUAGCGCUACUGCUAGCCUGCGUGCUGACGCUGCGCGGCGGCGACGGCGCGUGGACGCCGGAAAGCUUGCCACUGAGCACCGUAUACCCCUGCCGGCACUCGCGCGACAUCGUGCUGUGGGUGGAGCCCGGCCUGCCGCCGAGCAAGUACAACCGCUACUACAUGGUCCUUGAUACAAUCGUGCCCGCGAACAGUGUCAUGAAUGUGACGUUUGAUUCUGAAGUUGACAUCACACUCACGCUGCGGUCGGAUGAGGCAAAGUAUUCAAGAGUCGUUUUGACUGAUGGCGACAGCUUCGCACUUCGCUUUGACAAUGAACAGGAAGGUCUGAGCUUCACAGUGCAGGGCACCACUCCAGGAGACACUCCUUAUUUGACAGCCUUGUCCGUCAAUGGCGUGCAACUCUGCGAUGACCCUGCCGUGGAUUAUCUUCGUAUGUACGAGGCAGAUAAGGGUGUGCUGAAGAAAAGUGAACAUCCGUGGAAAGCUGUCAUUCGAAGAUCAAAAACCCAAUGUGGAAGACCGAAGGUGAAUCGCACGGGAGCGAUAGAGAACGGGCUCGCGCAACCCGGCGCUUGGCCUUGGCAUACCGCUGUGUAUAUUUCCAAUUCGAGAGCAGGAUUCCGUUACAUAUGCGGGGGUACUCUCAUAUCUAAGUACUUUGUUGUAACAGUUGCGCACUGCAUUACAGUUCCGUUCAAGGGCCAGAAACCCGCAGCAGAAAAGGUGAAAGUAAUAUUGGGACUACAUGAUAUGAAUGGAACCGAAUCCCAUUCCCAAACCAAGAAGGUUGAAAAGUUAAUUGUCCAUGAAGAUUUUGAUAAAAGACGAUUUUAUUCCGACAUCGCGUUGAUCAAGCUGUCGUCGGCGGCUACGUUGACAAGUUUCGUCCAGCCCGCGUGUGUGUGGCGGAGCGGGCUCGAGUCCGCGCUCACGGAACCAACUGUAGAAGUUGUACCGGGCUGGGGGAUCGACAAUGACAACACCAUGCCCGGUCCGCUGCAGCAGGCGCUGCUGCCCAUAGUGUCUAAUGACACCUGCGUCCGCAGCAAUCCGUCAUUCUACCUCAAAUUACUGAACGAAAAAAAUUUCUGCGCGGGAUAUCACAAUAACGGAACGGGAGUUUGCAAUGGUGACAGCGGAGGAGGUCUCGUGGUUUACGUCCCUGACAGGACUGAAUCAGGCAGCGGGAAGGAGUCAGGCGCCUGGUACGUCAGGGGCAUGGCAUCCUUGUCUCAAACAGUUCCUAACGGGUUCAUCUGCGACCCGGACCAGUAUAGCUUAUUCACGGACGUAGCCAAAUUUACGGAUUGGAUUGAUGCCCAAAUGGCUGAAUGAUGAAACGACAACGAAGAAACUAUUGACAUCACUAUUGAAAGUAUGGGAAUUAACAAAUUACACGCAUCGCUAAAGCCAGCCAAUAUGACAUGUCCGAUGAAAAUUUAUUUUUAACCGACUCCCAAAAAAACGAGAGAAAGAUUAGGUAUACUUCCAGAUUGGUCCCAUUUAAUUUUCAUGAAAAUCGGUUUAGUGAUUUUGUGUUUAAAUUAGCAUAACUGAAAUAAGUCUUUAAGUCGGUUAAUUUUUUAUGUUAAAAAGAUUAUUUCAAAUUAAAUUUAUAAACUGGUA